CUCGUCCGGCAGAUACGGGUUGAAAGGAGUGUAUAGUUUUUCCCUCCACAAAGCUAAACCUAACCGUCAUUCUGAAGUCUGGUAGUUGAAGUUAGAGAGAGAAGUUCUUUUAAGAGAGAGUGAUAGAAACAAAAUAAGCCAACCACAAAAGCCGAAAAUUCACUGCAUGUCUUUCCAAAAAAAGAAGAAAUAUUUUUAUUUUCCAACCAAUCUCUUUCUUUCUAUCUACCUUCUCUUCAAAGUUCCCAAAUCUUCACAAUUUUCCUUCUUUUUUUUUUAAAAAAAAAAGCUUUGCUUCUUUCCUUACUUGUGUUGUUCAUAUAUAAUGUCUUCACCCAUCUCUUCUCAACCAUUAUUACUAUAUCAUUGCGGUUUGCUCCUAUGGGAUGGAUCAAAAUUCCCAGCAUUUUCACCUCAAAUAAUCUCCCCAAACUUCCUUCUUCGAAUCCCGUUCAAGAAAACCUUGUCAAUAAACACGAUAAGCAGCAAGAUAAUGGAUUUCCCAAUUCUUUAUUUCGCUUCUUCAGGAGGCUUAUGUCCAGAAAUAAAAUUGAUGGAGGGUCAAGAACAGAGGCAGAAGAGAAGGUUUACUCUUGGCUAUAUGCCUUGGCUCAGUCUGAAAAGGAUAUAGUUUUUGAAUAUGUCCGAUCCACUGAAAGGGGAUUGAGCUUUACAGAAGCAGAGAGGAGACUGAGGGAAAACGGGCCAAAUAUUCUUAUGGAUUAUUCCUUUCCAAGCUGGUGGCAACUUCUGUGGACUGCGUUCUUUCAUCCCUUUAACAUCAUUUUGAUUGUCUUAUCCAUACUCUCAUACAUAUCGAGUGAUUUCACAAAUGGAGGGAUAAUGCUUUUUUUGGUUUUCAUAAGUGUCUCCCUCAGAUUCUAUCAGGAAUACAGCAGUUCAAAAGCAGCUAUGAAACUUUCGGAAUUAGUUAGAUGUCCAGUCAAAGUUCAAAGAUGUGCUGGUAGGAUUGUCCAGACAGAACUAGUAGUUCAAGUUGAUCAAAGAGAUAUAGUUCCUGGAGAUAUUGUCAUUUUUGAACCCGGAGACCUUUUUCCUGGAGAUGUGAGAUUGUUGUCUUCAAAACACCUUGUUGUAAGUCAGUCGUCAUUAACAGGAGAGUCUGGGACGACUGAGAAAACAUCUGAUAUCAGAGAAGAUGCUAGCACUCCUUUACUCGAUUUGAAGAAUAUUUGCUUCAUGGGAACAAAUGUAGUAUCAGGUAGUGGAAGUGGUCUAGUUGUUUCCACUGGAUCAAUGACUUAUAUGAGCACCAUGUUUUCGACCAUUGGAAAGUCGAAACCACCAGAUGACUUUGAGAACGGUGUCCGCCGCAUAUCUUAUGCACUAAUUGCUAUCAUGCUACUAAUAGUCACCUUCAUUGUUGCAACUGACUAUUUUACAUCUCAUGAUUUGAGUGAGAGUUUUCUUUUCGGAAUCUCAGUUGCAAGUGCACUGACUCCUCAAAUGCUUCCCCUCAUAGUCAACACAAGUUUAGCAAAAGGAGCACUUGCUAUGGCCAGAGACAGAUGCAUAGUCAAGAGCUUAACUGCCAUACGAGACAUGGGAUCUAUGGAUAUCCUAUGCAUAGACAAGACUGGUACACUCACCAUGGACCAAGCAAUCAUGGUUGGUUUUCUUGACAGUUGGGGUUCAGCCAAAGAAAAGGUUCUGCGCUUUGCUUUCCUAAACUCCUAUUUCAAGACUGAUCAAAAGUAUCCCCUGGAUGACGCAAUUUUGGGAUUUGUAUAUACAAAUGGAUACAGAUUCCAGCCAUCCAAGUUGAGAAAGAUAGAUGAGAUUCCUUUCGAUUUCAUACGAAGAAGAGUAUCUGUUAUCCUGGAAGUUGAAGCAGAAAAUAGAAACCAUCAAUUCCUUGAUCGAUUUAUGGUAACUAAAGGGGCACUGGAAGAAGUUAUAAAAGUUUGUUCUUUCAUUGAGCAUGUUGAUAAGAAUGAGAUUAGUAUUUUAUCUCCAGAAGACCAACAGAGGAUUUUAUCAAUGGGCGAAGAAAUAAGCAAUGAAGGAUUAAGAGUUAUAGCAGUUGCAACAAAGAGGCUGAAAACGCAAACAAGGAAAGAAAGCAGACCCAAUGACGAUACUGUUGAAUCAGACAUGGUGUUCCUUGGGCUUAUAACAUUCUUUGAUCCACCCAAAGACUCAGCGAAGCAAGCUCUGUGGAGGUUGGCUGAGAAGGGAGUAAAAGCAAAAGUAUUAACAGGUGACUCGCUUUAUCUGGCAAUAAAGAUUUGCAAAGAAGUUGGCAUCAGAACAACCCAUGUCGUUACUGGACCAGAGCUUGAGCUACUCCAACAGGAUUCCUUCCAUGAGACUGUCAAAAGAGCAACAGUACUAGCUCGGCUCACACCAACACAGAAACUCCGAGUUGUUCAGUCCUUGCAGACAGCCGGUAACCAUGUUGUUGGGUUUUUAGGAGAUGGAGUAAACGACUCGCUUGCUCUAGAUGCAGCCAAUGUAGGUAUCUCAGUUGAUUCAGGAGCAUCUGUUGCAAAAGACUAUGCUGACAUUAUCUUGUUGGAGAAAGACCUUAAUGUCCUAGUUGCAGGAGUUGAGCAUGGUAGACUGACUUUUGGAAACACUAUGAAGUACAUAAAAAUGUCAGUCAUUGCCAAUUUAGGAAGCGUUAUCUCACUCUUGAUAGCAACUUUGUGCUUGAAAUAUGAGCCUUUGACUCCUAAGCAGCUCCUUACUCAAAACUUCUUGUACAGUGUGGGGCAGAUUGCAAUCCCAUGGGACAAAAUGGAAGAAGAUUAUGUGAAGAUCCCACAGAGAUGGUCCGAGAAAGGCUUACCGAUGUUCAUUCUGUGGAAUGGUCCAGUGUGUACACUCUGUGAUGUUGCCACAGUUAUGUUCCUUUGGUUCUACUAUAAGAUUUACAGUACAACGGAUAUAAAAUUCUUCCAUUCUGCUUGGUUCAUUGAAGGACUUCUGAUGCAGACACUGAUCAUCCACUUGAUCCGGACUGAGAAAAUCCCCUUCAUCCAAGAGUUUGCCUCAUGGCCUGUGAUAUGUUCAACUAUUGUGAUUUCUGCCAUUGGAAUCUCAAUUCCGUUCACAUUGAUCGGGAAAGUCAUGGGAUUUGUUUCCUUGCCACUGUCAUACUUUGGGUUUCUGGUGGUGCUUUUUAUAGGAUAUUUUUCAAUUGGACAGGUGGUCAAGAGAGCUUACAUUUUGGUUUACAAAAGAUGGCUUUAGCGAAUAGAAUGUAUUUGGUCAGAGCAUGUUAACCCCCAGAUGAACCCCAAAAAUAAAAAAUAUAAAAAAAUAAAAAAAAAAAAAAAAAUUUGAUGUAUAUUA